AAGGGGGCGGGGUCAAUCGCGUGGAGGCGUAUCCGCUCUGAAGUUGUCUGACCGGAUCGGAUUUUUGUAUUGGAGACCAGAGGCCGAUCAGAGUAGGCGAGAUGUCCGAUCUCAGCGUCUCGCUGUCCGUACUGUUGGGGAUUGUAGUUUUUAGCGAGGUGGCGAGAAGGACGGUCUUAUAUCUGCUCUCGAACCGAGACCGUAGCGUCUAUGCGCUGGAGUUGAUUUCCACGUUUCAACUGUGCGCGUGCACGCACGAGUUAAAGCUCCUCGCGGAGGUGGGCGGGCUGGAGCCGCGCAUCGCGUUGACGUGCACGUAUGUGAUCUCGGUGGUCCACGGGCUUUCCUUCCACGGCGCGAUUUGCAACCCCACCGGGGUCCUGGAUCAGCUCUGCCGCGGGACUCUCACCCGCCGGAGCGCGCUGGCGCGGAUCUCGUGCCAGCUGAUCGCCGCUGCGUUGGCGCGCGGAGCGAUGCCCCAUGCGUGGGCACUGUCUCUGUCUGACCUGCACGCGCGGCACGGAUCGACGGGGUUUAAAUGCACGAGCAGCCCAGUCAAUGCUUCUCUCCUGCAGGCCGCUGCGGUGGAGCUGUGCUGCGCGUUCGUGAUGCACACUGCGGUCUCCAACGUGCACAAAGUUCAGGAGCUGUAUCGAGUUCCUGCCAUAGCUGCAGUCAUCACUACUUUAGUGUAUGCAGGUGGACACAUCACUGGAGCUGUGUUCAAUCCGGCUCUCGCCUUCUCAAUACUGGUCUCCUGUCCUGGCAACACAUUCACAGAAUACAGCGUUGUAUACUGGCUGGGGCCCAUACUAGGGAUGAUCGCCUCUCUGCUGCUUUGGGAGAAAGUCAUGCCGGUCGUUUUAGGAAAAAGCACAGUUUCAAACUCCAAUGGACUCAAGAGGAGAAAGAUUGAGUAAAUUGGGAUGAUAUUUUAAGAAGUCUUAUUCACAAUAUAAAUGUUUUAUGUUGAUUUACAUAUGACUGUGAAUGCACACAACAUUAGGACACUGUUCUUCUCAAUUCGUCGUGUUUUAUAGUUUUAAGGGUUCUUAUUGUCUGUAACACUUAAAGCUUUGAUAAUGUCUUAGUGAGCAUCAGAACUUCUUAAAUGAGAAGUAGUGUAUAUUCACAAAGCACAAUGCUGUCAUAAAGCACACAGUGUCUUAGCGGACAGACAUUCAUGUGAUGUUAUAUACAGUUAUGGCGGCAAUAAGAAUGACUUAUAGAACUGUUGCAUGUUGAUUUUAUGAUUUAAAAGUCAUUUUUCUUGUUCUUCAGGGUAAUAUUUACCUCACUGUACUUUAUUUGUCAUAUUGUAUCUUAAAUCAUACAUUCCUGGAGUGAGACACCUCUGAUGCGUUGUAACGGUGCAGUGUUUUUAAUAAUGUUUUACUAGCGAUCAUUAUUAUCUAGCACUAGGUAUAUGAAACUUUUAUGGUGCCUUUGGGUAUAAUAACCUGGCUGAACUUGAUGAAGUGUAAAACAAAGUGUUUUGUGCAAUAGCUUUGUUUUCAUUUCGGAAGAAAAAGAAGAUGUGCUAAAAAUAUUUAUUAAUUUGUUUUUAAUUAAACUCACAAAU